AUGUCUGCUACUGGUUGGGACGCCGGAAAAAUUUAUAGUGCGGGAGUUCAUCAAACCCAAACUCGGAACGAUUCUAGAGUCGUGAUUGAGUCGAAAUUUUAUAAUUUUGUAGACCAAUUUCGAGUCGAGGAACACUUUAUCUAUAGGUAUUAUGAAAUUUUGAAAUUGGAAAAAAUUAAAAGAAAUGCCGAGGGCCGACACUACAAACUCGAUGUUCAGAUAGAACAUCUCGAUGAAGUUGAUAGAAGCCUUUCUGAUAAGCUCAAAGCUAGUCCUGCGGAAGUCUUGCCGCUGUUUGAGAUGGCAGUGCAAAAUUUGGCAAAACAACUUCUGAGUGAUGAAUCGAUUCCUUCGUUUCAAAUUCUGCUUCGUUCAAAAGAUACCAUUCAAAAUUUAAGAAAACUCAGUUCAGACAACAUAUCCCAGCUUGUUCAUGUUUCUGGAAUCAUCAUUGCGGCCACCAAUUUGACCGCCAAAGCUACACAUAUUCAGAUUAUGUGUAAAACUUGUCGGCAAUAUAAAACGAUGCCCGUUGCCGGUGGCUUCUCGGGAAUCCAAUUACCUCGAGCCUGUGAUAGCGACCCAAAUGGUUUGGGACCCAAAGAUUGUGGACUCGAUCCUUAUGUCAUAAUUCAUGAUAAAUGUACUUUUGUGGAUCAACAAGUUUUGAAACUUCAAGAACUUCCCGAGUUGCUUCCUGUCGGCGAUUUACCUCGUCAUAUAACGGUUCAUGUGGAUAGAUAUUUAACCAAUAGGGUGGUUCCUGGGAGGCGUGUCACUAUUGUGGGGAUUUAUGACAUUUUCCAGAGUUUUUCCUCUAAGAAACAAGGUCAAGGUAUAGGGACUCGUACGUCAUAUAUAAAAGCUCUUGGACUUGAACUUGAUAAUGAACAAAGCGGACAAGAUUUGAAUAACUACACGCACGCUGAAGAAGAGGAAAUAAUUGCAUUGUCUCAAAGACCUGAUUUUUAUGAAGUUUUCACAAGCAGUAUUGCUCCGUCAAUCUAUGGAAACCAAGAAAUUAAAAAAGCGAUUUCUUGCUUGCUUUUCGGUGGAAGUAAAAAGGUCUUGGCAGAUGGAAUGAGAUUAAGAGGCGAUAUUAACGUUUUGUUGUUGGGUGAUCCUGGAACUGCAAAAAGUCAAUUUCUGAAAUUCGUGCAUCAGGUUGCUCCUGUUGCUGUCUACACCUCAGGAAAAGGUAGCAGUGCGGCGGGUCUGACCGCAGCUGUAGUUCGGGAUGUUGCCACUCGCGAAUUUCAUCUUGAAGGCGGAGCAAUGGUAUUGGCAGACGGAGGAGUAAUAUGUAUAGAUGAAUUCGACAAAAUGCGGGAUGAAGAUCGAGUAGCCAUUCACGAAGCUAUGGAGCAGCAAACUAUUUCUAUUGCCAAGGCUGGUAUAACCACUAUCCUGAAUACACGCACCUCAGUAUUGGCUGCCGCUAAUCCAAUAUUCGGUCGUUAUGACGACUUGAAAACACCAGGAGAGAACAUUGACUUUCAAACUACGAUAUUGUCGAGAUUUGAUAUGAUUUUUAUCGUGAAAGAUGAGCACAACGACUCUCGAGAUCGGGACAUUGCUCGGCAUGUGUUGACAAUUCAUAUGCACCGUGCGCCUCCGGAAUCAGCCGUGGGUGAAGUCGAUAUUGCAACUAUGAGAAAAUACAUAGAAGCAGCAGAAAAAUUGAGUAGUCAUUUUGUUUCUAUUCGAUCUGAAGUGAAGAGAAUAGAACAAGACACUGGAACGCGGUCGACAAUUCCGAUUACAAUUAGACAAUUAGAAGCUAUUGUCCGUAUCUCCGAAUCUUUAGCAAAAAUGACCUUAUCUCCACGAGUAUCUGAACAACAUGUGGAUGAGGCCAUUCGGCUAUUCAAAAAAUCAACCAUGGAUGCUUUGCAAUCCGGAGAAGUGGAAGGUAUUUCACAAGCCCAAAUGGCGCGUGAAGUGAAAAACGCAGAAAAGGAAAUUAGAAAUCGCAUUCCGAUAGGUUCGAGGACUUCUGUGCAGCGGAUAAUUAAGGAUCUUGAAAAGAAUCAGUACAAACCUAUUAUCGUAGAACGAGCUAUUGAUAUUUUAGUAAGACGGGAAGUCCUGCAAUAUCGAAAUCAGCGAAAA